UCUCCCAGUUUUUUUCCAUUUCCAUACUUUGCUGUUCUUGGCACCGGAUAAGAUAAUUAUUUCCAAUCAAAGAAAGAAAAUUGCAUUUAAUACAGCUUAAUAAAUAAAUUGUUCAGUUUUUAAUAGAACGUCACGCAUAAUAGACCAAAAAUGAGUAAAAUAGCUAUUAUCGGUGGUACAGGAAUGACCGGCAAAUGUGUUGUUGAAUAUGCACUUCAAAAAGGUUUAAAUAUUCGAUUAAUGUAUCGCACAGAAGAAACUGUCCCUGAAAGUUUCAAAGGCAAAGUAGAAUUGGUCAAAGGAGACGCUACUAAUUUGGAAGAUGUAAAAAAUGUGCUACAAGGAGUUGACGCUGUUUGCGUAACUCUUGGUACUCGUAACAAACUCGAAGCUUCAACUGAAAUGUCAACUGGCACUAAAAACAUUAUUGAAGCCAUGAAAGAACUUAAUAUUCGACGAUUCUCAAUUAUUAUGUCAUCAUUUUUGUUCAUGAAUCCCGAACAAGUUCCAAAGAUGUUCCACAACAUCAAUGACGAUCAUCGAAAGAUGUUGGAUAUGACUAAAAGCUCUGGACUUGAUUUCAUUGCUAUCUUACCGCCGCAUAUUGCUGAUGAGCCUAGUACCGAUGUUACUAUUCUUCAUGAUGCUUCUCCUGGUCGAGCGGUAUCUAAAUAUGAUUUGGCCAAGUUUAUUGUAGAUUCAUUGGACCAACCAGAACAUUAUGGAAAGGUUUGUGGUAUUGCAAAGAAGGCACCAGCAUAAUUUAUGUUAAUUAUGGUUGGUUUAUGGAAAAAAAGAAUUAUACUAUUUUAUCUUUGAAUAAUGUUUUUCAAUAAAGGAUUUUUUUGAACUAGA